GGCAUGGGACCUAGGGAGUUCACCUAUAUUGAAUUGUCCAAGGCAACAAAGAACUUUGCUGAAGAAGAGAAGCUAGGUGAGGGAGGAUUUGGAUCCGUUUAUAAAGGUUUUUUGAGGGAUUCAAAUACAGAUGUUGCCGUUAAGAGGAUUUCAAGGAGAUCUAAACAAGGGAUUAAGGAGUAUAUAUCAGAAGUUAAGAUUAUAAGCCGAUUGAGGCACAGGAAUUUAGUUAAGCUUAUAGGUUGGUGCCACGAAAAGGAACUAUUACUAGUGUACGAGUUCAUGCCUAAUGGCAGCUUGGAUUCCCAUCUCUUCAAAGGAAGAAGCCUAUUGCCAUGGAAUCUUAGAUUCAAAAUUGCACAAGGCUUGGCAUCAGCAUUGUUGUAUUUACACGAAUUAGGAGAUUUUUGUGUGCUACAUAGGGAUAUUAAAACAAACAAUAUUAUGUUAGAUUCUGAUUUUAAUACUAAACUUGGUGAUUUUGGGCUAGCUAGGUUAGCUGAUCAUGAAAAAGGAUCACUAACGACUUUAUUGGCUGGAACUAUGGACUACUUGGCUCCUGAGUGUCACAGAACAGGCAAGGCAAGCAGGGAAUCAGAUAUCUAUAGCUUUGGAGUUGUGGCACUUGAAAUUGCAUGUGGAAGAAGAUCAAUAGAGCCUAGAUAUGAUGAGGAUCAGGCCUCAUUGGUGGCUUGGGUGUGGCAGGCUUAUGGGAACCAAAGGCUUCUUGAUGUAGUUGACAAGAAACUCUCUGCAGAUUUUGAUAUGAGAGAGAUGGAAUGUUUGUUGAGUAUUGGCUUGUGGUGUGCACAUCCUAUUCGUAAUAUGAGACCGUCAAUCAAGCAAGCAAUGCAGGUGCUUAAUUUUGAAGCGGCGCUACCCAAUCUUCCCAGUGAGAUGCCCACUCCUGUGUACAACAUUCCUAAUGCUCCAAUCAUCAGAACAAGUGAGCCAUGUUUAUCCGACAUGAGCAUUACUGUGCCUCGCUAGUUUUUAUACCACAUGCCUGGAACAAAACUGGUAUGAUAAUAAACGACUGUAAUUAUUGUUUGAAAUUUAAUAUAGUCUAUUAUUCUGUCUUAUUACUUUGAUUUUAUAUAAUAAGCUUUGAGCAUUUCUAUAUUCUAAUGCAUAAUUGUUCUUUAUUUCCAAGUCAUUCAUAAUAGACAGGUUGUUUACGC